UAUCUUACCCAAAAGAGAUUCCCAAUUGUGCUGCAUAUUUAUACCAACACCAUAGCUCUACAAAGGUGCACCGCAUAGUUUUCACUUGAAUAAGAAGAAGAAGAAGAAGAUGGGAUCGCUUGGAAUGUAUUCUGAACCAACGAGGAAGACUAGCAGAGGCUAUGACGUUCCAGAGGGAGUAGAUAUUCGGGGGCGUUACGAUGAAGAAUUUGCCAAGAUCCUUAACAAGGAAGCCCUGCUAUUUGUGGCUGAUUUGCAGAGGACUUUCAGAAACCAUAUCAGGUAUUCGAUGGAAUGCCGCAGAGAAGCCAAGAGGAGAUAUAAUGAAGGGGCGUUGCCUGGGUUUGAUCCGGCGACCAAAUAUAUAAGGGAAUCGGAGUGGACAUGUGCAUCAGUCCCGCCGGCAGUUGCUGACCGGAGGGUGGAGAUCACCGGACCUGUGGAGCGGAAGAUGAUCAUCAACGCACUCAAUUCUGGAGCCAAAGUUUUCAUGGCGGACUUUGAAGAUGCACUGUCACCGAACUGGGAGAAUCUGAUGAGGGGGCAAAUUAAUCUGAAGGAUGCAGUAGAUGGGACUAUAAGCUUCCAUGAUAAAGCCAGGAACAGGGUUUAUAAGCUGAAUGAUCAGACGGCCAAGCUCUUCGUCCGCCCUCGAGGUUGGCACUUGCCUGAGGCUCACAUAUUCAUCGACGGCGAGCCUGCCACUGGUUGUCUUGUGGACUUUGGGCUCUACUUUUACCACAACCAUGCCAAUUUCCGGCGCUCUCAAGGUCAAGGCUCUGGCCCUUUCUUCUAUCUCCCCAAAAUGGAGCACUCCAGGGAAGCUAAAAUAUGGAACAGUGUAUUUGAGAGGGCAGAGAAUAUUGCGGGGAUAGAGAGGGGCAGUAUCAGGGCCACUGUGCUAAUUGAAACACUUCCAGCAGUGUUUCAAAUGGAUGAAAUACUCUAUGAGCUGAGGGAUCACUCUGUGGGAUUAAACUGCGGUAGAUGGGAUUACAUAUUCAGCUAUGUCAAGACCUUUCAGGCUCACCCAGAUCGCCUCUUACCCGACAGGAUUCUAGUUGGCAUGACUCAACACUUCAUGAGGAGUUAUUCUGAUCUCCUUAUCAGGACUUGUCACAGGCGUGGUGUGCACGCCAUGGGAGGCAUGGCUGCUCAAAUUCCAAUCAGAGAUGAUCCAAAGGCAAAUGAGGCAGCGCUGGAGCUAGUAAGGAAGGACAAAUUGAGAGAAGUAAAGGCAGGACAUGAUGGAACAUGGGCAGCACACCCAGGACUGAUCCCAGCUUGCAUGGAAGUGUUCACCAACAACAUGGGGAAUGCCCCCAACCAGAUUCGAUCUGCGAGACGAGAAGAUGCUGCAAACCUGACUGAAGAAGACCUCUUACAACGACCAAGGGGUGUCCGCACAAUGGAAGGGCUCCGCUUGAACACCCGAGUCGGGAUUCAGUACUUGGCAGCAUGGCUGACUGGGACUGGCUCUGUGCCUCUCUACAACCUUAUGGAAGAUGCAGCCACAGCAGAGAUCAGCAGAGUUCAAAACUGGCAAUGGCUGAAGUAUGGAGUGGAGUUGGAUGGAGAUGGCCUUGGUGUGAGAGUGAACAAGGAACUGUUUGGAAGAGUUGUGGAAGAAGAGAUGGAUAGGAUUGAAAGAGAAGUUGGGAAAGAGAAAUUCAGAAGGGGAAUGUUCAAAGAGGCUGGCAAAAUGUUCACAAGGCAAUGCACAGCUCCAAGUUUAGAUGAUUUUCUGACCUUAGAUGCCUACAACCGCAUUGUGCUUCAUCAUCCCAGGGAAUUGUCCAGGCUCUGAAAGCCACAACUUCAACAAACCACCUUCUUUCGACGUCAUCCAUAUAACCAAUAAACGAGUUAUUUUGCUUCCUUUCUCUUCUCGUCGAUCGGGUGAGAAUACCGUAUUUGUACUGUAAGACUUUGUUCUUUUGUCUAUUUCUUUUCAGGUUGUGUGGUUUUUUGAAGAUAUUUAAGCAAUUGUAAGCAAAUUUCGACUUUCUAUAAUCCUAUAGUUUGCUGUUUGCUUAUUUGAUGCA